AUGGAUGCUGUAACUUUAUUUUACAUUUAUUUCUAUUCAUAUGUCUUGCGUCAUCAAAGUAGUGUGUUAAGAGCUAAUGAUCGUUUUGAAUUAACUAUGGUACGAUUGUGGGUGAUGGAAGAUUUGGUAUACAAAAGUGACACCAAAUGUAAAUCCCAACUUCGUAUCGAUAGACGCACUUUUAGAAUUCUUUGUCAUAAGUUGCGCACUGUUAGUGGACUAGAAGAUAAUAGGAAUUGUGAUGUCGAAGAAAUGGUGGCGAUAUUUUUAUAUGUAAUUGCGCAUCACCAUAAGAAUAGAGUUGUGGGUUUUCAAUUCAAGCGAUCAGGAGAUACGAUUAGUAGACAUGUGAACACGGUGUUGAAAGGAGUUAUUAGGCUUCAAGGAGAGUUGUUAAAAGAACCGGUAGCAGUCUCUACAAGUUCUGUUGACCAGAGAUGGAACUGCUUUAAGAACUGCCUAGGGGCAUUAGAUGGAACACAUAUUAGUGUCCACGUUGCAACAGCAGACAAGCCUAGGUAUCGUACAAGGAAAAGCGCAAUUGCUACCAAUGUCUUAGGUGUAUGUUCUCAAGACUUGGAGGUUAUAUAUGUAUAUCCUGGAUGGGAAGGAUCAGCUGCUGAUUCUCGUGUUCUUAGGGAAGCCAUUUACAAAAAAAAUGGCUUAAAAGUUCCACAUGGUUACUAUUACCUUGUUGAUGCCGGUUAUCCAAAUAGUGGAGGAUUUCUUGCUCCCUUUAGAGCCUUAAUGUUUCUUUACAUGACUGAUGAUAAAGAAUGUAAAUUGAAACUUACAUCCGGGGUAGUUAUGGCUUUUCUAUGCACUAUUUGUGAGGUCAGAAAAACAUCAAGAAAACAACAUUGCGAAAGUACCUUUAUGAGAUUUCUACUUGGUGCUUCCACUGCCAUAAACAUGAGGAGAAAUUAA